AUGGACAAGACUGCGGGCGAGGACGAUGUCGACCUACAAGAGAAAAAAGAUGCAUACAGGGAGGAAGGUGAAGAGGAAGCAGAAGAAGAUCACCUAAGUCCAGCGUAUGCGACCUUCCUGAAAUAUUGCCAGCCCAAUCGCAUGGCGAGACAAUCGGAGAAAACGCCUGCUAAAAACGCAAUGCAGGCGAUGGUGGUUCGCGACAACCCUUUUUCCUCUCAUAGCAGGCACAUUUGGACCAAUGGCAUCCGCCUUCAGUCUUUGCGCCUUGAUAGAGCAUUGGAGGCUCAUACAAGACCCAACCUCGACCGAGUCCGAGGGCCAAUAUGUCUCGGAUCCCAGCUGGUGAGGGGCCAGAAAGGUCACAUAAGGAAAAGGACAAAAGCUGAUUGCUCCAGGGUAUUGGCAGUCAAUGCUGUCUCAUUCGUCAUUGCCAUCGCCGCCAACAUGUUCCUACUGGCAAACAAUUUCGGCCGCAUUCCUUUUAAGAUCGCACAGCCGGCUACCAUCAUCGGCUGGUACAUUGCCAGCUUCAUGUUGAUAGGCUUGGUCGCCGCAGCGCCCUCGCAUCUUCCUCUACCACCUGGCCAGGCGCGGACUUUCUCCCAGGCCUAUUAUUACGCUAUCCUCGCUGCGGCUUUGUACUUCAUUGUUGCUUCGCUGCUGGUCGCUACCGCUAGUGGGGUCUGGUUUGGCCAGUACAGCUCGGACUUCAAGCUGACCUUUAGUCAGAAGACAUUGAUGAUACAGGUCCUUCUCUUCCUUGGCUAUCUCCUUUCAGCCGCAGCUGUCUAUGCUUACAUCGAAGACUGGGAUUAUCUUGAUGCAGUUUAUUGGGUUGACGUGACCCUAUUCACCAUCGGAUACGGCGACUUCAGCCCGAAGACACAUCUGGGAAGGUCACUCUUCCUUCCAAUGGCAAUAGGAGGUAUACUCUUCGUCGGUCUAAUAGUGGCUUCUAUAAGCACGUUGGCGCUGGAUCGCGCCUCAACGAAGAUAUCAGUUCGUACGAUGGAAAAGGCUCGGCAGAAAGCAUUGAAAAAGUACAACCCGAAAACCGGCACCACGCACCUGCGGCCUUUCAAGGAGCGGAAGAUUGAAAACAAUCCCUCCUCUGAACUGGAGCGACGGGAGCAGGAGUUUGACGUCAUGCGUGAGGUCCAGCAAACUGCAGCGAAUGACAACCGGAUGUUAGCACUUGGGACCUCCGUCGGUGCCUUCGUUAUUCUGUGGUUCAUUGGAGCGGUGGCUUUCUGGCAGGCCGAGAAGGGUGCCGGGAAUUGGAGCUACUUCGAAUCAUUGUAUUUCACCUAUGUGUCCUUCCUGACAAUCGGCUAUGGCGACUUCUACCCGCAAGAUAACUCUGCCAAACCAGUCUUCGUCUUAUGGUCUCUUGUUGCUUUACCUACUCUGACGGUCCUCAUCGGCAGUGUUGGUGGCGUCAUAAAUGAAGGCGUCAACACAAUCACACUAUGGAUUAGCGAUCAUCUACCUGAGAAGACUGGUACUCUAUCCGCCAUGAAAGAUGAGGCUUCCAAGGCCAAGGGCAGCGAGUUCCAAUCAGCUAAGCCGCCAGGUUUUAUGGAGAACGGGAAAUCUGACGGUGCUGGAACCGAUGAUCCCGCUCACGCUGAAGCUGUGAAGGGUAUAAGUCAAAGUAUGAAUGAGCACCCGGGUAGCAACGCUAAAGACCUUGCCGCCGGCAAACACAACCGCCACUAUUUGCUCAUGAAAGAGAUGAAAAAUGUUGUCCAGCACACGGGCGCUACGCCACCGCGUCAAUAUACGUACGCUGAAUGGACAUGGUUUUUGAAGCUGUUAGGCGAGGAUGAGUCGAGUGAGGAGAGGCAUCGAAGGCCGUGGGAGGUACAUGAAUCUGAAUUGGCAGCGACAGUUAACGGGGAGGGACCAGCUAGUGGUCGCGAUAAAGACGGUCGACUGAAGCCUUGGAGCUGGCUGAGUCAGAGGAAUCCGCUCAUGACUGCUAAUGACGAGCCUAAAUGGGUAUUAGAAAGGCUGAUGCAAGCAUUGGAGCAGGAGCUAAGAAAGGAGGGGGAGAAGAAUUUGGCGCAGGAGAAGGGGAGGCAGCCUGGCAACACAACUGAGGUGACCAGCAAGAGAUUGAAGGCUUAUAACCCUUCCAAGGUCCCACCUGGUUCUCCUAAAGGCAAUUUCAGUCCAACGUCCUUCCAGCCCACGAUGGCUUUCCACCAUUCUAUGAGAGCCUUGUAUCAGUCGAGCUCUGGUCCCGGCCUACUCAAGCCCACGGUUGCAUCUAUCAAGACUCACACCAUGGGAAGCUUUUUGAUCAAAUACCUGCGUAUGAAAGUCCAUCCAGAUAUUCAGAACAAAGUGUGGUCCCGCAUCGUCGUCAAAGGCAUCCAUGAACGAAACCCUUCGAAAGCUUGCCUCUCACCUACGAAGACGAGAGACAAAUCUUUCAACUGGAGCGCCCAACGACCUCCGUAG